AUGGAAGACCAAUUGGUGUGCGAGCCAAUCGUCUUCACCAUAGGAUGCAUGAGAUGGAAAGGAUAUCUUUAUCGUUUGUCAGACCAAAUGGCGCUUGACCUGGUGUCCCUCUUUACCGGGAGCCUGACGGCAAUGGACUUCAGAAUGAGCAACGCAGGACCCCUCACCCGCAGCCAGUUGCGGCCAGUCCUUGAGUGCUGUGAGAGCAACUACUGCUCAGCAGAGCCAAGCCUGCAGCUUUUAUCGCCGAACAGCGUGCUGGACUGCAGAAUGGAUGAUCUGUUCUCAGAAGGGGAAGACGAUUGCCCUCAGACGCCGAAGGAGAAUCGGGUCCCCCUGGUGCUGCGGUGUCCUGGAGCCCCCUUGAAGCUGCGGCCUAUUAGGAAGGCUACGAAGGGGAAGAGGAAGGGAGUCAGGAUCCUGAAGGCGGACUUCGAGGCGGCCUUCCCUGGGGAUGCAGCAAUGCAGCAGCGGAGAAGGAUGAGUAGACUGGAGAGCGCGCAGCAGCUGCUGGAAGAGGCGCUUAGGAGCUGACAGGGAGUCUCAUGGCUCCUCCAUUUGCCUUUAAAAUCAAUUGACGUCUGUAAGAGUAGUACUGUAAUCUGUUCAUCAAUGAUGGAGCGAAAGGCUGGUAAUCCAGCGGGAAAAAUACCUUGCAGACGUUUCUCUGAUAUAAUGUCUUUUGCGUAACUGCGGGAGCUGCUUGGAGGAGCUCCUCUGGCUGUCUGCCUGAACAGUAGAAAUAAUCUGGGGGCCUAGAUUCAGGACCACCCCCUGAGGCAUUACUCGGAAGCAUACCAUAGGAACUCUCAGUCAAAGCUAGAGUCCCUCACCUCCAGUCCUCAGUCGGUUGUCAAACAAAGUGGUCGGUAUGCAUCCUUACCUGCUUUUGUAGAUGCCUCUUGAAAUUGUAAGUUAGAACUGUAGGAUAAACAAUCAACUGAGGCACUUGAGAAGCAGUCAAGAAAGACUGGCCAACUGGAAGACCUCUUUCUUGUUAAUGACAAGAGCCUCUAAGAGGCAAACAGAACAUUGAUAUUGCUAAUUUGUUGCAGGCUCUCUAUAAAGAGUCUUUUGUUCUGUCCUGAAGGCACUGUUGAAGAAGUCUUCUGUCACGUCCUGAAGAUUCUCGCUUCAUUUCCGAGUCUCCUCAAGACUCAAAUGUAAAGU